AUGGGCGUUGGCAGUGGCAGCACAGCGGGGCAUCACGGUGCGCAUGGAGGCGCUGCUGCUGGUGGGCAUGGGGGCGGCAUACCACCGCACCAUCGGCCCCGCCAAGACCAUUCCCAAUGGCGGGUGAGCCGCCAUUGCUGCUACUGCUGCUGCUUCUUCCACCUCCACCACCACUGCCAGUCACUCACUCUGUGCUCUGGCACUGCUUGUCCUUCAACAUACCCCCUGCCCCCUUGCCCCAUCGCCUGCACACUCCCUUGCCCCACACUUGCAUGUACGCCCCCUUGCCCCAUCGCCCGCUCGCGCGCCCCCCUUGCCCGCCCGCGCGCCCCCUCGCCCGCCCUUGCCCGCCCGCGCGGCCCCCUCGCCUGCCUGCGCGGCCCCCUCGCCCGCCCUCGCCCGCCCGCGCGGCCCCUUCGCCCGCCCUCGCCCGCCCGCGCGGCCCCCUUGCCCGCCCGCGCGCCCCUCUUGCCCGCCCUCGCCCACCCGCGCGCCUCUCUUGCCCGCCCUCGCCCGCCCGCGCGCCCCCCUCGUCCGCCCUCGCCCGCCCUCGCGCCCCCCUUGCCCGCCCUCACCCGCCCGCGCGGCCCUCUCACCCGCCCUCGCCCGCCCCAUUCGCUCGCCCUCGCCCGCCCCAUCGCCCGUACGCGCGCCCCCUCGCCUGAUUGCCUGCCCGGGUGCCAGAGCUCUUGCUAA